CUUCGGUACGACCAAGAGAGGGGAGAGGAGUACUACUGGACGUAGCGUGUCAAUGCGCGCAAGCAGAAUCCAGAGACGCACCAAGUUAUCGUGGCUGCUUGCCCCAGCGCACGGGAGUGUCGGGCUUCAAAGCGUAGCGCUGAUCCAGAGUCUCCCUUCGCGCAUAUACCCAGCUUUAGUCCGAGCGAGGUACGAUUCUCGAGCUACUGGGCUCAUCAAGCUCCAGAAAUAGGCGCAGUUUAUGCAUUAAUGGCCCAAGCGGCGCGUCAAAUGAGGGUAAGA